AAUUAAAUGAGCAAAACAUGCUUGUUUUAUUUAUUAUUAUUUUUUAAGUAGAGAAAUUUUCUAUGCUCAAUUAAAAGAAAUAUCAUUCGAGAAAUUUCAGAACAUUGAGAGCUUCAAAGGAUUUAUUAAGCAGUCCGUGGAGUUUUUUUUUUGUUUUGUCACCACAUUUUCUACUGUUCUUAUAUCGAUCAACAAUUAUCUCAAUAAGAUAAUGGGAUCGAUGUUGUACGUUGAUUAAUAAUCCUUAUUUCUUUUUGUUGUUUGUCCUUCGAAAUCUUCCUAGAACUUUGCAGUGAUGAAAUUUAAUAGUAGAUAACUAUGAAUAGACUUUUUUAUACAACCGUUUUUCUUCAAAAUCUUGUUUCGGUUUGAUUUAUACAUUUUCAACAUUGUACUACUACUUCAAAUCGGGUCUGUUCAACGUUGAGUAUUACGUAGAUUCUCACCUGAAAUUAUUGACUUCUAAUUCGAACCUCUUAGAUGUCAAUAUCAGUGCAAUAAUCCUUCUUAUACGAAACCGUAUAAAUCAUUAAUAAGAACUUUUAUCAAUCAAAUAAUUGCUUAGUACCCUGAAUUCUGAACUUUGUAAUUCGUUAGAGAUCGCCUCGUUAUUAGGUCUUGUAUUCCAUAAUCUAUAUGGUAAAUUUCUAUAAGCUACUCUGUCCUGUAAUGUGUAAAAUCAAAAUGUUAAGAAAUCUGAUGGAAAUAUAUUUUGGUCAUAACAUGUAACUAGUGAAAAUCAGAUGAGGCAAAGCACAGAUAUGCACAUUACUUAGAGAUUAACAACAGUUGACCUUAGUAAGAGCACUAUUUAAAUAUGUUUCAAUCUAAUUACUCAGAUUCUAUGAAUUUACAUAAGAAUUUAGAGCUGUAUUUACAUCAUUUAUUUAGAUCUUGAAUGCUUCGUAAGCAUAGGAUAUCGACUACACCAUUCAGAAUGAUAUUCUUUAAGGAAAUGUAUUCACGUUUCUGCCAAUUUAAUCCUACCAUAAAAUUCUUUCGUGUUUCCAAUCUAUUUCGCGUAUCAAGAGUUUUGGGCUGAAAACUAUGAGAUUUUUACGCAUCUCCCUGUUCUAAAUCGUCUUGAAAAAUAUUUUGUUAUUCAAGUUCGUAUUCAUUCUUAAAAAGUGAAGUUUUCUUAUUCCGAUGCUGAUGAGCAUGUAAUAUUUUAUAAAUGAGAAAAUCACAAGUGAACUAUCUGUAAUAUCAGCACUAUUCAGAUAGUCGAUGUCUCUAGGCAAGUUUGUAUCAUUUAAUUUGAAGUAGAUAUCAAGAAUUGUCCAAUUUACUUCAAGCGAAGAGAAAGUUAAUAAGUAGAAUGUCUUUCAUUGAUUUAAAAUUUGAUCAUAUUUGAACCCAAAACCUAUUGAGAAUAGUUAUGAAUGAGACUAAAAUUUUGGGAUAAAAUUCUAUGAAAAAUUGGUUAUGCUAGUCUUUGAAGCAAAUUGUUUCAUUUUCUACCCGAUUGCAUUAAUCUAAAGAAACUUAUAGAACAUAGAGUUAGUAUACCGACAAAAUUGCACAGUGAAAUAUAAUUAAAAUUUCCUAUUUCAGUUUAUUCUAUCAGUGAAAUAUUUUUUCAAGCCGAUCAACAAUCAGAGAACUGACGGCUAAUUAGUGCAAAAGAGCAUAUAAUCUAAGGAUCGAAUAAAUUGAAGUCCUCUCUGUUGUAAUACACCUAAAGAUUCUUCACUUUCUAACAUGAACGAAGCGGUUUAAUAACAUACAUAGUGACAGAUUGUUCGAUAUUACAUACUGCUAGGCGUUAGACAACGUUGGCUUGCAACUUCAAUAAUCAUUUUCACUUUUUACUAUAGACACUAAACCUAUUGCACUUGUAUCAGAAUCAAAUCGGAGAUAAAGGAGCACAAGGUCUCGCAGAUGGACUAAAAGACAAUAAAGUCCUCACUCAGCUGUAUCUUGGUGUGAAUCAAAUCACUGACAAUGGGGCACAAUAUUUUGCGGAUGCUCUAAAAAACAAUAAAACACUUACUGCACUGGGCCUUGGCAGCAAUAUCACCGAUAAUGGGGCACAAAUACUUGCUGAAGUACUGAAAACGAACGAAAUAUUAACCCAUCUGUAUUUAAAUCAAAAUCAAAUCACGGACAAUGGAGCACAGCAUCUAGCCAAUACACUAAAAGAGAAUAAAUUCGAACGAGAUCAAAUAUUAAUUUCGGAUAAAGUUAACAUCUUUCGACCGUAA